UGCAUGUGGAGACCAGCAUUCCAUUGCACUAACCCAAGAUGGUAAAGUGUUCACGUGGGGCCAGAACUCCAGCGGACAGCUUGGUUUGGGGAAGGGAGAGCCCAGCACCUCGUCUCCCCAGCCUGUCAAGUCUCUGUCAGGGAUUUCCCCGGCUCAGAUCACCGCUGGGGGAGACCACAGCUUCGCCCUGUCCCUCUCUGGAGCCGUGUUCGGCUGGGGCAAGAACAGCGCUGGGCAGCUGGGACUGGGGGACACAAUAGACAGACCUGCUCCAGCUCCUGUUGAUUGCCUGAAUCUAAAGAAGACCAUUGCUAUUUCCUGUGGAGUGGAGCAUACUGCCGUUCUGACAAAGGGAGGUUUAGUGUUCACAUUUGGCUUGGGUCGAUAUGGACAGCUUGGACACAACUCUCUCAGAAAUGAACUACGACCUCGACUGGUGGCCGAACUCUGGGGGGCAAAGGUGACCCAGAUAGCCUGUGGAAGAAACCAUACAUUGGUGUUUGUGGACUCCUUCAAAAAGAUCUACUCAUUUGGGCGUGGAGAGCAAGGGCAGCUGGGAAAUGGAGUCAAGAUGGAUCAGUCUGUGCCUCUGCCAGUACAGCUACCACAGGACUGCAUUGAUGACCAGCAAAUUGAACAAACCUUUGCUGGAGGAAACCAUUCUUUUGCCUUGUGCAGCUCCGCUAAGGAAUCAGGAAACGGGUUGAAUGACUCCCAUCUCGGACAAGUGACUCAAACAUUAGACAAUGACAUAAUUAACAGAUGGAUCUCGGAAUGUGACUCAAAAUCAUGGAAGAAGAAGAUACAGAAGGAAAUCACAAAAACGUUCUCUUCUGCGUCAUGUUUAAAUGGGAGCUUCCUGGACAAAAGUCAUGAUAAACACUACCAAACCUCACUGAAGCACUCUGGCGUGGACUUGUCAUCCGCUCGACUGGCUUUUAAAAAGCUUGCAGAAAAGGACAAAGUCCUGGCUAAGGUUGAAGAUGUUGUCCAGCGCAUACUCCUUCCCUCCCUGAGUAAGGAUCCCAUUGGGGUGGAGGGUCUGAGGGUGUACCUCAUCAUCCCUGAGCUCCUGAGAGUUCUCCUAAAACAACGUGGCAUAGACAUUACUGAGGCCUUCGCUGCUGCCGUCCUCAGACUGAACCCAGACAAGCUCCAGGUCCUUGUGGGCCUAUGGUCGACACUUCCAAACAAGUUCUUCAGAACUCUGGUGAAAACAUUCCAUUCUGUGUCAGAGUAUUUCUGUAUGUUGGAAAAGGGCUAUGCUGUUAAUAAACAAUUUGAAGGGACUGUAAAGGUUAUGGAGAGGCUGUAUGAGGUAAAUAUCCAUUGCCAUAAUUGGGUGCCUUCAGAAAGUAUUCAUACCUCUUGACU